CCCUUCCAAAAUCGACUAUAUCGCCCACCCAACCUUCCAUUGCCCUUGAUCCUGCCUCUUAUUUUCGUGGCCUAGAUCUUUGUUAUUAAUAUAGCAAUCCCCCUUCGCAACCUAUGAAAGUGAUCCUCUCAUCAGCCUACGCUGCUGUGAAGUCCUAAUUGUCUGUUCCUUUCACAACUCCAAUCCCUAUUCAAGUACUUGCAUGUGAUGGGUCGUCAAUCGGAAGCAGCGACGUCGCCAUGGUGCUCUUCAGAAGGCUUAGUGACAUUUGCGGUCGCGUUUGCAGUAUUUACAGACGGAUUGGUAUAUGAUUUAGUUAUACCCUUCUUACCUGAGCUCUUCACAGGACGACUGAAAACUCGGCCAGAAGAAGUUGACAAUUGGGCUGCGCUCUCCCUUGAGUCCUUCGGGAUGGCAUUACUUAUUACGAACUGGAUUGCUGGGUAUAUCGCCGACGGAAGCGUCUCAAAAAGUCGCCCCUUUCUCGCUGGCAUUGGUGUCAUGCUUAUUGCUACACUUCUAUUCUUCCUUGCCACAGAUCCAUACCUCAUCAUUUUCGCCCGUGCUUUGCAAGGAGCCUCAGAAGCUCUUGUAUGGGUGUCUGGUAUUGCUUUUCUAGUAUCACAAGUAGGCGAGGCUAAUCUGGGAGUGUGCAUGGGUUACACAACUUUGGGUGCUACGAUCGGGGAGCUGAUCGGACCUCUACUGGGAGGCUAUCUAUACGAAAAGCUAGGACACUGGGCUGUCUUCGGCGUAGUAGAGGUAGUGAUUGCAGCCGACAUUGUGCUCCGAUUAUUAGUCAAGGAGAAAGAUUUGACGACUCAGCAGCGCACCCCAGUGGAUGCUGUGAAAGGCGUUUCUGAAACAGAAUCUCUGCUAGAAGCUUCGGCCGCGGUAUCUCAUGGGACAAUAAGCCGCACUUUACCAACGGAUGUAGAGUGCGGCGAGGAAGAUAACCGCACGGCAUUUUAUAAGACUGGCGACUGUGAAGAUGGAUAUGAUGCUGUGUCUGAGUUGUGCAGUCUAGGAUGGAAUUGGCUCUCUAGUGUCAUUGGAGCAGCUGUUGCGUGUAUCGUUCGAUCAGCAUUGGAAGCCACAAUUCCGAUAUACGUCCUUCGCCAUUUUGGCUGGACUUCAUCUGCUGGCGGGGGCGUCAUGUUUGCUCUCCUUUUCCCCAUGGUAGGCGGUCCAUUGGUCGGCAAAUAUACAACUUUGAACGGUCCGCGAUGGUUUAGCUCUCUGGCAUCGCUUGCGUGUGGUAUCUUCAUGGUCACACUAGGUUGCCUUACAGGCGAUGAUCCAACAACUCAGACUCUCUUUGUCUUAAACAUAGGGCUUGUUGGUCUCUGUAUCUCCCUCGGCACAACGACGCAAACCACGGCCAUCUCAGCUGCCGCACAGAGAGCUGAGGUCCUGAGGGCACGUAUCCGGUCCAGUGGCGUAGAAAUAAGCUGGAAGUUGAGAAUGCUAACUCCAGGGAUGAUGCUAAGCGGCCUAAGCACAGCGUGGGCUUUGGGCCUUUUCUUUGGCCCUGCCUGUGGAAGUAUUUUCCACUUCAGCACGAAUCAAGAGUGGCUGCACUUAUGCUGUUUCUUGGGAAUGAUAUGUGUAGCAACGGGUUUCUAUUGCUCCUCCACAUGGAAAAAAUGGCGGUAAAUCCCAUUGAAAAUUCCACACAAAUUUA